GAGAGAUGAAGAAGUGGCGGUAACCAUGGCAACAGCAAUAACACAGCCCGACUAUAAACAGGAAAAUUUUUUCCGCAUGACCAUUCUGAUUGUGGAGUAUGGUUUGACGGUCUUGCAAGAUGUUCUUCGGGAAGAACUAACAAAAAGCUAUUCCAGUGUUUUUGACCCCCAGAAUGGGUUGCUAUGUGGGGUGCUAGGUGAUGGACCUGUCAGGACAAAACUGGAUAGACUAGUAAGAUCAAGAAUACUUAAUGUACAUCAACAGAACCAGCUGUAUCCUGGUGGAAACCCCUCCCCAUCAGUGACUGUUGGUGAUUUAGACAUCACACUGACUGUGCUUUUGCUGAGAAACAUCACAACAUUGAAUUCACGUCCAGGGUUGAAUGCAUGGGACAACCCCUCUGACACAGACACGUCAAGAGAAGCCACGAUUGGGCGAGUUAAAAGAUACCGAAAUAUUGUAUACGGCCAUGCAAACAACGCAGCAAUUAGCGAUGAAGAUUUUAAAGCACAUUUCUCAAGCCUUAAGUCCAACCUCCUGGCUCUCUCUAGUAUGUACACCAGUGAGGACUAUGAUGACAUCUUGACUCGACAUCUUGAUGCUACUUUACUGAAGGAAAACAAGGACAUUUUGAAAACAUGGCAUGAUUAUGACAACGAUGUGAAAGAGCAGGUGAAGAUCAUGGAAACAAAACUCCUGGACGGCCAAAAAAGAAGUGAAGAGAACGUUCUUGUGGAGGUAAAAAUUGGCACACAGCAUACACAUAAUAAACUUGAGGAAAUCUCUGAAAGAAUCACACAGGUGAACAAAGUUCAGUCAGAGCUGACCCACCAAGUCAGAGAGUUACAGGUGUGCGUGGAAGGGGUCAAAGGUGCACAGAAUCGAGAUUCACAAAGAUGGUCUCUAGAUCAACAAGUUCAGAUUAUCAAAGGCUCAGUGGACAGUGAAAUUUCAGCCACAAUGACUGGCAGCGGGAGUGACAGAGAACCCGUGGCUGUUUUACCAUCUCAUAUGGAUGAAGAAGCAAGUAAGCACCAGACUCAGACGCUGACCUUUGAAAACUCUGAUGAACCACCAUGUGUCUCAGCUGUACCUCAUCCAGAUGUCACCACCCCCCUGUGUGAAGACAGACACAAACACGAUAUGAACACCAAUGAAACUAUAAUGUCCCAGACAACAGUUACGAAGAGUGCACAGGACUAUCAGGAGUGUGGAAAAGAGGACAGCAUGGCUGAAGAAUUUAAAGGAGGCGUGGAGGUAUUGCACUUUCUACGAGAUUUGGAGAGAAGACCAGCAGACGACCAGACACCAAUACCAGACAUGGUCACCAAGUGUACAGUGUUGGAGCUAGCGUAUCAGAACAUUGAACACAUCCCUAACACCAUAGAUAGAUGCAUCAAUGUGAAGAGGAUCAAUCUGAGAGGGAACAAACUUUCGUCACUUCCUUGGUCGUUGUCUCAGUUAAAAAAUGUCACAUAUCUUAAUCUCAGUCGGAAUCAGUUCACAAAGCUCCCGGCCUCAGUGUGUGCUCUACCACAUAUAGGGAACCUGGACCUAAAGCACAACAAGCUAUCCAGUCUUCCUCCCGAUUUUAGUAAGUUGACCACACUGAAGAGUUUAGACCUCGGGUGUAAUCAGUUUACAGAACUCCCAGCUCCAGUGUGUGCUCUACCACAUAUAGAAAACUUGGACCUGUGGAAUAACAGACUAUCCAGUCUCCACACUGAUAUCAGUAAGUUGACCACACUGAAGAGAUUAAACCUUGGGGGUAAUCAGCUCACAGAGCUCCCAGGCUCAUUGUGUACUCUACCACAUAUAGAGAACCUGGACCUACAUAAAAACAAGCUAUCCAGUCUCCCUCCUGAUAUCAGUAAAAUGACCACACUGAAGAGAUUAAGCCUCAAAUAUAAUAUGCUCACAGAGCUCCCAGCCUCAGUGUGUGCUCUACCACAUAUAGAGAACCUGGACCUAGAGUUUAACAAGCUAUCCAGGCUCCCUUCUGAUGUCAGUUAUAUGACCGCACUGAAGUAUCUGAAUGUUUCCAGCAAUAAUAUUACACAUUUACCCCACCAGCUUGCUUCACUUACACUUCGUGAUCUGUGUGUGGACGAUAACCCCAUCCAGCAACCACCCAAGUCAGUGUGUGAGGCAGGACAAGAGGCAAUAUUCAGAUUCUUAACAAAACUCAAAGAAUCAAAAGCAGUCAAGUCUUCCAGAAUCCAAAUAAACAUCCUAGGAGAGACAGAAAGUGGGAAAACCAGUUUAGCGCGCUCCUUAAGACAUGACACCCCUAUGUUGACUGAUAAAGCUGAUAGAACUAGAGUUGUGGAGCAAUCACUGUGGGAAAUUGAAAGGGGUGUCAGUUUUAACAUCAAUGACUUUGGAGGUCAUGAUGUGUACAGAGUUGGACACCGUAUCUUCAUCUCACAGAACAGUAUAGUUCUUGUCACCUUUGACUUGUCGACCUAUGACCCAAGCAGCAGAUCACAUUUCAGACAACAUAUUGGAAUGUGGAUAGACAUGGUGCAGUCCCAUAAUCCAGGGGUGACAAUUGCAUUAGUUGGUACACAUCUCGAUAAAACUAAUGAGUUGACCCGCAAGGCUGUCUGUGAAUCUGUUCAAGAAGCAAUCACACAUGAAAAGAUAUGCAGGCAAAAGUGGUAUGAAAGGCAAAUAAGAGAUCUCAAGGAAAAAAUACAGACCUCACAGAAAAACAGAAAUCAAGGUCUGAUUUCAGCAUACAAGGAGAAGAUAGAAUCACUGGAGAAUAUAAGAGGAUAUGAUGAAUCAAGAAUCCAUCAUUACAUUUUCAUGGUGAGUUCCAAGACCAAAGCAGGUUUAAGUGACCUUAAAGAUUAUCUAUCUACCCAAGCAAAGGAAAGAAGUGUUACCCUACCACAAGCCUGGCAUGGAGCAGCAAAGAUCAUCUAUGCAAAAAAAGAAAAUAAAGCUGAAAGCACCAUUUGCAGGGAAAAUAUAACACAAGCCAUACGAAACUCAGUUGAAGGUUUCAGAGGUACCAAAACAUUCUUAUGGAUGACAUUUCGUCAAAAACCAGAGGAUGAAGUAAAUGGUAUCCUUGCUUACCUUGCCAACAGAGGUGAUUUCAUCUGGUAUCCGAAUAGUCCAAUCCUUAGAAACACUAUCUUCCACAGACAGGACGUUCUAGCUGAUCUCCUCAAGGCAGUCCUCAACCACGAUAAGGAUAAAUUUGAGUUUCUAAAACAAAUCAUCGUCAGUGAACCAAUGGCAGAGAGAAUUAAAGAAGAUUUCAUCAUGAGAGGAAUUCUCUCUGUGCAGGUGAUGGAGGCUCUAUGGGAACCAUUUGGUUUGACAGCCAGAGAAACCAGUGCAAUGGUGGAGCUCAUGCAGAGGCUGGAAUUAUGCUUCAAGGCGAACGAGGGCAAAGAUGGUUACACGUUUCACUUUCCAUGGCUACUGGAACAAAGCCGCCCACCAAUCAUGGACACCAAGUGGCCUCACUCAGUACCACAGGACAGUACACAGCUUACCCUGAAUGUGUAUUUCCCAUAUCGCUGUCCUGAUGGUCUCUAUGAGAAAUUGUCAGUGCGCCUUCAUUCAACCCUGGGACACUUUCAGCCUAUGAGGAGAGACUGGAGAGAUGGGGUAUUUGUGGACAUGGCAUCACACUGCAUGCAAAUGACCAGAAGCCAGACGGACAGAGACUGGGUGAUCACCAUUGCUGUCCGAGGUCAACAUCUCCCAGACCUGUGGAGAACACUGCUCCAAAACCAUGAUCACCUUAUGGACAUCCUGGAGGAAGAUUGGCCUGGCUUACCACGUGACAAGUGCCUGGUGUGUCCUCACUGUACAAGUCUACAUGUAGAGCCCCCGACCCUGUUCCCUGGUGAAGUGAUUGACCAGAAACCAGCCAUAACUGUUCACUUGGUGCCAUGUUGGAAAACUGGGGAACUAAUAUCAGCAGACCUAAUAUAUCCCUAUAUGCCAGGUUUCACUGCCAUGAAACAUCACCAAAAGCGUGCCCUGAAACAGCACAUGGAGCUGCUGGUCAGUAACAUUACCACGCCAUGCCUGAGUUACCUGCUGGACAAGCUGAUACAGGAAGACAUCAUCACUGACAGAGAGAAGGAGUAUGUACGUUCUAAGCCGUCUACUGGGGACACACAGGAGGUUGAGGGGGCAGCAGGAGCAGCAGCAGCCAGAGUGGUGUCUCCUGAACAGACAAGAACACUGCUCAGUAUUCUGCUUACCAAAGAGAAGAGGGCAUUCCAAUGUCUAUGUAGAUGUCUGGAGAAGAAUGGACAGGGAUUUCUAGCAGAGCAGCUGAAAAGGUAA